UUACAUUGAUUUUCAGGGUAAAUUUUAAGAGGAAAUUAUCCCCGUGUGGAGUUCAGAAACGUAUUUUCGAUUUUUCCAUCCCUUUUCGGCCAUUUGAGUCAACGCAGUUUUCUAUAACUUUACGAGUAAAUUCACUAGAAAUAAAAAUUCUUAUAUAAUUUGUGAUUGCUUCGGUGAAACGACUUUGGAUUUGUUUACAAGUCUCCGAACAUUAGCGCGGACAAUCUGUAAAAGUUUUGUUGAAUUCAAUAUUUCCAAAACAGGUACUAAACAUCCUUAAAACGUGGCACCAUCGAAGUGUGAGACUGACGAAUUGUUUCCCUGCUCGAAGGUCGAGAACAGUCACGCACUUGAAAUGGAAUGAUCCUUUUAAGAAACGCUCGUUUCAAGAACCUGAUAAAUAAUUCGAAAUGACGGAAAUAAAAAAAGAACGUUAAAAAUAUCGGAGUUACGUGACAAUUUAUAUGAUUAUUGACGACGUAAUUAACAGUUCUCGCGUUGGAAAUACGCAUAAGCGUCGCUUCAUUAUUCAGUACCGCACAUAAUCCAUUAUUAUUUGGCUUAGCCAUCAAUUAUGCACCAAGGCCAUACUCACCUGUAUCUCGAUAAACAGAUGCUGUUUACCGGCGCGUUGUUAAAGACCCAAUCGCGAUUAAGUGGCAAAGUUGAAUCUUUUAUUCCUUGGACGCGAAUUUAUCGUUUACUAUCGGCUACUUUUAACUAUGACCGAGCACCGGAACUACGAAUAUUUCCGGCACAGUAAAUAUUCGCGUCGAGCAGGAUGCGAUAUUUACGUAUCGCUGAGCUCGAGUAGCAGCCUGCGAUACGAUCGACGUGGUUUGCGUUCGCCACAACCCGCAAUCAAGACGAGUUGUCAAAGAAUUUAGUUCAAUCAGAGAAGUUGAGCGGCGCACAGCUCGGCUAUAACAAUAAGGAUUACACUUGACGACGCAAAAUGGAGACGUCACUCGUGAUUCCCGGCGAGGAAGGUCUCUCGAGGUGUCGCGAAGAUGUCGAACGCGGCGGCGUUCGGUAUCUCUGAAGGGGAGAUGCACUUUGCCAAGAUGCACGAGUGAUACAGGACAGGCUCCGACAAAAUGUUGAUCAAGGAGUAUCGCAUACCGUUGCCUCUCACGGUAGAGGAGUAUCGAAUCGCCCAGCUGUACAUGAUAGCGGUAAUUAUCGCGAUUAACCGGCCGCAUCGCGAGAAAGGAGAGUGGCGAUUUAAGAAAAAAUCUCGGGAGGAGAGCAAGGGUGCCGGUAGCGGCGUGGAGAUAAUCGAGAACGAGCCGUACAGCAACGGUCCGGGAGGUAACGGGCAGUAUACACACAAAAUCUAUCACGUGGGCAGCCACCUGCCGAGCUGGUUCAAGAGCCUCCUGCCGAAAUCGGCGCUGAUCGUCAAGGAGGAGGCAUGGAACGCCUAUCCGUACACCAAGACCCGCUACACGUGCCCGUUCAUGGAGAAGUUCUCCGUCGAGAUCGAAACCUACUACUUCCCGGACGAUGGCCACCAAGAGAACGUCUUCAAUCUCAGCGGCAGUGAUUACAGGAACAGGAUCGUGGACCUGAUCGACAUUGUCAAGGAUCAGCCGUACGGGGCGGACUACGUGAAGGAGGAGGACCCUAAGCUGUACGUGUCGGAGAGGACCGGAAGAGGCCCGCUGGAGGACACGUGGCUGGAGGAUUAUUGGGCCGAUGUGGAAGGAAAGCAACAGCCAACGCCGUCGGGAAAGUCACUAAUGUGCGCGUACAAGCUAUGCCGAGUAGAGUUCCGUUAUUGGGGCAUGCAAACGAAAUUAGAAAAAUUCAUACAGGACGUAGCUCUGCGGAAGACGAUGGUGCGGGCGCACAGGCAGGCCUGGGCCUGGCAGGACGAGUGGAACGGUCUGACGAUGGCAGACAUCAGGGAGAUCGAGCGGCAGACGCAAUUGGCCCUGCAGCGAAAGAUGGGCCUGAGCGACUCGGAGGACGAGCUCGAGGACGAGAAACGGAAGGCGAGCGCGACGGCAACGACGGCGAUCACGACGACGACGGCGACGCCGGCGAAGAUGACGUCGGAGGAAUCGGCGGUAGCCAAGACGCUGGCGGCCACCCUGGGCAGCAUCGAGAAGAACGAGGAGGCGCAGAGUCCGCCGUCCGUCAGGAAGCCGUCCGACAUUCCCAUCAUCAACACGGCGGCCAGCUCCGAGGGUGAGAUCAGCCCCGAGGAGCCGAUCGACCUGGAUGAGAUCAAAAAUGCGGCCGCCGCGAAGGCCAAGAAAGAGUGGAUGAAAAAGAACUUGCACUCGCCGAGUUUGAACCAGAGCUUCGACAUCCAGAUCGCGAACUGGAGGAUGGAGAGCAUCGUCAGGGAGUCCGAAUCCGGCAGCGACGACGAAUUCUUCGAUUGCCAGGCUGGGUUCAUUAUACCUGUUAUACGCAAAGAGGACUUUGAAGAUACCUCUUCAUUAGCUAAAUGGAGUUCUUUGGAUCUUCUAGCAGAAGGGGAGGAUACGACUGUGCGGACACCAUCUGCUACAAACGAGCCAGACGAUACAAUAUUUUCGCCUUCGUAUCUGCAACGCAUCACCAGUGAACGAAGCAGCAAGAGAUUGCAGAUUACCACGUCGGCCAGCAUUGACAUGUCGUGUCCAGCAUCCCCUCAACAUUCUCCUACGCAUCACCCGUGCAAAAUUACUGUUUUAAUUAUUGUGGUACAUGGCGGCAGUGUUUUAGACGCGAAUGUCGAUUUAACGGCGAAAAAAUCAGACAUAACGACAUUCCGUGGAGCUUUCGAAUCCGUCAUGAGACAGCAUUAUUCUAGCAUGGUCGGUCACGUAUCUGUUAAAUUCGUCGCCUGCCCUUCUAUUUGCACCGAAGGCCUGGGAAUUUUGUCAAGCCUGAGUCCAUACAGCUUCGACAUGUCGCCUUCGUGCAUGGAUGCUCCGCAAGUGACGCACGACACUAUCCCGAUCGGUGCGAUUCCGCUGUUAGCGAGCUCGAGUUCCGAAUAUCAAGACACAGUGUCGCGCGUGGUGAUGAGUGCCAACCAAGUGUAUCAUGACUUCAUCAAGAGCGAUGAGGGUAAAGGUUUCAGCGGGCAGAUUUGCUUUGUGGGUGAUUCAGUGGGGUCGAUUCUGACCUAUGACGCCCUGUGCAAGGCGACGCAGCACUCGAGACACAGUAGCGAGAACAGCAUUCUAGAAGGUAGCGGUCAGCAGGGUAACGAUAACGGUGGGAACGAAGAUGGCAAGCAUUUGUCCGCGCCAUCUCCCAGAAGAAGGUCUUCCGGUACGAGUGACAACAAGCUGGACUUUGAAGUGGGUGACUUUUUUAUGUUCGGUAGUCCGCUUGCUUUAGUCCUCGCUUACAGAAAGAUUGCCGCGUCUAGCGACAGGAAUAGUUUUAUACCUAGGCCGUUAGUCAACCAAGUGUACAAUCUGUUUCAUCCGACGGAUCCCGUGGUCGCGAGAUUGGAACCGUUGAUCUCAGCGAGGUUUUCGUUGAUCGCGCCGGUCAAUAUUGCCCAAUAUCAAAAGUAUCCGCUCGGCAAUGGCCAGCCUUAUCACUUGCUGGAGACUAUCCAGACCAAUCCGCAACUGUUUGCUGACGGAUUGAAUGUUCCCAAUCUUCAAAUGUCGCAUUUAAGAAGAUUAUCCGAUAUAUCACUUCAAAGUACAAUGUCAGGCAUUAUCGACAAUGUUCCUUUACAGGCAGUGUCUGCCCUGAUGCAAAAGUGGUGGGGCACCAAAAGACUAGACUAUGCGCUCUAUUGUCCAGAGGGUCUCGCUAAUUUUCCUACAAAUGCCUUGCCGCAUCUCUUCCACGCUAGUUAUUGGGAGUCUUCGGACGUGAUUGCGUUCAUUUUGAGACAAUUGGGCAGAUUCGAUUUGCCAUUGCUCGGCAACGAAGAAAAAGAUCUCACUUGCUUCCGUCCAGGUCAACCCAGAGAAAAAUGGAAUAAAAAACGUACCUCCGUUAAACUUAAGAAUGUUGCUGCCAAUCACAGAGCGAAUGAUGUCAUCGUGAGGGAAGGUGCACCACAAGUAUUAGUCGCUAGGUUUAUGUACAGUCCUAUUGAUAUGAUAACUUUAACAGGUGAGAAAGUUGAUAUCCAUAUUAUGAAAAACGCACCGGCAGGCGAGUGGACGUACCUUUCUACUGAGGUAACUGACAAGAAUGGUAGAAUAAUUUACAAAAUACCAGAUGACAAAGUGCUAGGUUACGGACUUUUUCCAGUAAAGAUGGUUGUAAGGGGAGAUCAUACAUCUGUAGAUUUUUUCAUGGCUGUGAUACCGCCGAGAACUGAGUGUGUGGUUUUUAGUAUAGACGGUUCUUUUGCCGCUAGUAGGUCGGUGAGUGGUAAAGAUCCGAAAGUCUGGGCUGGUGCUGUCGAUGUUGUGAGGCAUUGGCAGGAACUGGGUUACCUCAUCAUUUAUAUUACCGCGAGACCCGAUAUGCAACAGCAGACAGUAGUUUCCUGGCUGUCGCAACAUAAUUUUCCUCAUGGUCUCGUCUCAUUUGCCGACGGCCUGUCCAGAGAUCCGCUCGCCCACAAGGCUGCCUACUUGAAUAAGCUUGUGAAGGAGCACGGUAUGAUAAUCCAUCAGGCGUACGGCAGCGAGAAGGACAUUAACGUGUAUACGGCGAUAAGCCUGAAACCGAGCCAGAUCUUCAUAAUCGGCAAAGUAUCGAAGAAGCAUCAAGCUAUGGCGACAAUACUGUACGACGGGUAUGCCGCUCAUUUGAGCACGUUGCAGGCACACGGGGGUUCGCGGCCUGCUCAAGGUAACGCGCGCAUGGUAAUUCCCAGAGGUCAAUUCGGCUUACCAGGACAGAAUACUUCUCUGCGUCGACGAAGCUCUUUUAGGACGGCGAAGCGUGCGAUCUCGCAGCCACCCUUAGGCAAGACAUCCUUUCCGUUGGAACGAUCAACGAGCGUGGGCCCAUCCGUCACGCCUACAUCAUCGGCAUCUGCCAGCGUUCAUCAAUCAGCAACAACCGAGAAACUCUGACGAUUUGCGCGCUGCCGCUCGUUUUUCGAAUCGCGGCGGUAGCUCGUAAAGGAAGGACACGAUUCUUGGUUCCGUAUAUCCGGUAGUUUCUUUAUUCCGUAGAUCAUUAUAUUUUACGAUGAUCGUAAUAGAUUUUUACGCCGUGCGAUUCAUGAUUCACAAAGGUUUCUCGCAAAUAUCUCAUAUUAUAGAUCUUUUACUGUUCAGUAGAUAACGUACAUAGGUGUUGUUGCCUCUAAUUUCGUUGUACCUCAUAUUGUAAAUCUCCUUGAUCUAUUUUCGCAGAUUUAUAUGUAUUUAUAGAUAGGUAUUAUAGACACUCUAGCCUUCUCGAUCUUGAAUAUUUUUAGUUCGACACGCGGAGUGCUAGUUUUUAAUGAUCUUUGGAAGCACCUCAUGUUUAUUCGUUUUACUAUGUAUAUUAAGUCCCAAAAAUUCGAGCCUUAGUUCAAAAUUAUUGAGACUUGGGAGUUGACAAUUAAAUGAAGAAAUUAGUGUAUAUGACCGUGGGCGAGUGAACAAGCGUAAAUUAUCUCUCUGAACAUUUUCUAUCUGAUUCGAUUGUUUACUUACAGUUAUUAUCUUCAGUCUGUACAUCUGUACAUUUUGAUUAAAAUACACAUUAUAAAUUAAAAUAAUUAGACAAAAUUCUAGCAAAAAUAGCGACUAAUGUCGUUUACGAUUGUGAAUGGAACAUUUAGUUAAUUAUAAGGAUACGAAUAAUAGAUUUUUUAUAAUGUAUAUUUCAACCAAAGAGUAAAGAUGAUCAAAAUGAUAGAAA